AUCUUUGUGCGGGGCCGUGCUUCCGCCGGCGCCGCGGCUGGGACUCUGCAGUGGGCUGCGGGUGAUGGAGCGGUGGGCGCGCCCGCAGCUCCUGCUGUGGCUGCUGUUGCUAUUACUGCCCCCAGUGCUGGGCCGCCAGAAGGAGUCAGGUUCAAAAUGGAAAGUAUUUAUUGACCAAAUUAACAGGUCUUUGGAGAAUUAUGAACCAUGUUCAAGUCAAAACUGCAGCUGCUACCAUGGUGUCAUAGAAGAGGAUCUAACUCCUUUUCGAGGAGGUAUCUCCAGGAAGAUGAUGGCAGAGGUAGUCAGACGGAAACUGGGGACCCACUAUCAGAUUAUUAAGAACAGAUUAUACAGAGAAAAUGACUGCAUGUUCCCCUCGAGGUGUAGUGGUGUUGAACACUUUAUUUUGGAAGUUAUCGGACGCCUCCCUGACAUGGAAAUGGUGAUCAAUGUACGAGAUUAUCCUCAGGUUCCUAAAUGGAUGGAGCCUGCCAUUCCAGUCUUCUCCUUCAGUAAGACAUCAGAGUACCAUGAUAUCAUGUAUCCUGCUUGGACAUUUUGGGAAGGGGGGCCUGCUGUUUGGCCAAUUUAUCCUACAGGUCUUGGACGGUGGGACCUCUUCAGAGAAGAUCUGGUAAGGUCAGCAGCACAGUGGCCAUGGAAGAAGAAAAACUCUACAGCAUAUUUCCGAGGAUCAAGGACAAGUCCAGAACGGGAUCCUCUCAUUCUUCUAUCUCGGAAAAACCCAAAACUUGUUGAUGCAGAAUACACCAAAAACCAAGCCUGGAAAUCUAUGAAAGACACCUUGGGGAAGCCAGCUGCUAAGGAUGUCCAUCUUGUGGAUCACUGCAAAUACAAGUAUCUGUUUAAUUUUCGAGGUGUAGCCGCAAGUUUCCGGUUCAAACACCUCUUCCUGUGUGGUUCCCUUGUUUUCCACGUUGGUGAUGAGUGGCUUGAAUUCUUCUAUCCACAACUGAAGCCAUGGGUUCACUAUAUCCCAGUCAAAACAGAUCUCUCCAAUGUCCAGGAGCUGUUGCAUUUUGUAAAAGCAAAUGAUGACAUGGCUCAAGAAAUUGCUGAAAGGGGAAGCCAGUUUAUUAGGAACCACUUGCAGAUGGAUGACAUCACCUGCUACUGGGAGAACCUGUUGACUGAAUACUCUAAAUUCCUGUCCUAUAAUGUAACAAGAAGGAAAGGCUAUGAUCAGAUUAUUCCUAAAAUUUUGAAAACUGAACUCUAGUCAUCAUCAUUGGACCACAGUCCUCUCUGGCAGCAGCUCUCAGAUAUCCUGUGGUGAGAAGCUUACCAUGAGCGUGGCACCUCUACCUUGAAUUCUGUUAUCAAGCCAAAUACCUGGUUUUCCUUAUCAUGCUGCACCCAGACAACUGAGAAAGAUCAAAAAUGUGUAUAAUAUGGACUCGGAGCAGCUCAACGCUUUGGCUGAAUAAGGACCAGAAAUCAUGAGAUUUGGGUGUUGAACCCAAUUCCACCUUUCAUUUUCUUAAGACCAAUCACAGCUUGUGCCUCAGAUCAUCCAUACAUGUAUGUCCAUCACUGUGAAACCAACUAUGUCCGUCAGAGGAUACUUUGUCCCAUCAUUUGGAGCAGAAAACUAAUCAUUUGGAACUAGUAUAACUCAUCUCUGCAGUUCAGUUAUUCUAGGCUAAUCUUGGUCACUGUAUUUUAAUGUAGGAAGCCCUAUGGGGCUAGUGAAAACCACUUAGGGAUCAUUUCCUGAAAGGUCUAAGGAAGCAGUAGUUGUGCCAUGCAAUGAUGUGGCAGUUCUCUUUUGUAAAAGCAUAAGCUUUUUGGUACUCAGGAGGUUUCUAUAAUGCCACAGAGAAAGGGGCCAAUUGCAUGAGUAAUUAUUGCAAUUGGAUUUCAAGUUCCCCUUUUUUGUGCCUUCACACACUACUUCUUUUUAUGGUCUCUAUUUUAAAAAAAGACAAAAACCUCUUAAUAAAUUUAGAAAGUAGUCCUCA